AUGUCAGAGAUUGCAAAUAAAAUUACUGGAAAAACAUUCUCCUCCAAGUCAAUUGACCAUAUUUCGUCUUACAAACCUAUCAAAGACACCUCAAACUUUUUGUUGUCUUUCGGAGUUGUCAACUACUUUUAUCAGCAGUUAUUUUCCGUAUGGAGUUUUGUCAAUGAGAAUAUUAUUGCCAAAUACUCGUUUAUUUUGAACACCCUUAACUUUGUUGAUGAGAAGUUUGAAAGUAUAGUUCUUGGAAACUUUGACUCAAUAGUAAAAAAGUUGCCAGACUUAUCAGGGUUGUAUCCAACUACUUUAUAUUCCAAAGUAACCACAAAAAUUAGUACUGGAUACUUGAAGCCUACAAAUACAUUCAUUUACAACACGUAUGAUAAGUAUUUACCUGCAACAGCUACCGACAACAAGCUUGCCUUCAAGUUGGAAGAUUUGAAGGAUUCUUCUGAAAUUACGAAAUUCUUCAAAAUCUUGAACGAAUUUUUAACCAGAUCUAGAUUAUACGUUUCCACAAAAUCUGGUGAGGUUUCGGGUAAGAUAGUGUCAAGCUUCAAUCAGGAGAAAGAUUCGUUAAAAGAAAAAUCCGAUGGUUUGUCGAAAAAUGUAAUUGCUUCAUAUAAUACAGGUUACAAAACUUUGAAGAACUUGAAUGAAGAAUACAUCAAACCAUUAAAGUCACAAACUCAAGGUUAUGUCGUCGAGGUUGCAACUAGCACCAAGAAUAAGGCUGAUUCAUUAUUGUCGGAUGCCAAGCUGCAAAUUAAUCCUAAGUUAAACAAUAUCUCUGCUAAAGGAGAAGAGCUUUUGAAUGGAAAGUCUACAUCUAACGGGUCCAUCCCAGUAGUUAGUGCAUCUGCUUGA